CUCAUACUCGCACCACCAUGGCCACACGCAUGUUCCGUUCUGCGUUUCGCUCUACAGCAAACCCCCUUCUCCGUUCUUCAGUCCCGUCUCAGCUGUUCGCAUCUCCCACACUCUCCCUCGCGAGGCGAUAUCUCUCACAGGAAGCGCGAUCCAAAAUUCAAGAAGCAGUGUCUACGACGCCUGUUGUUCUCUUCAUGAAGGGCACACCCGAGGCACCUGGGUGCGGGUUCUCUCGCGCGGCAGCACAGAUCCUCGGUCUCCAAGGUGUGCCUCCAGAGAAGCUGAAGACAUAUAACGUUCUUGAAGACUCGGAGCUGCGAAGUGGGAUUAAGGAAUUCUCUGACUGGCCAACGAUCCCACAGCUAUAUGUCAACGGUGAAUUCGUUGGCGGCUGUGAUAUCAUGUUGAGCAUGCAUCAAUCCGGUGAACUGGAGGAGCUGCUGGACAAGAAGGGUGUUCUACCGCCAGUCGCAGAGGAGACACAACAGCCUACGUCAGCAUCUACCUAGAGCGGAGGUAAUGAUCCAUUAUAAUGACCAGUGCUAUGAUGUACCUAGCUGUGUAAUAUGCAUUCCCCUUUUCAGGAA